GCCCUAAGUGUCCAGAAAAGCACUAAAUGAAUGUAAGGCAUUAUUAUAGUAGCUUAUAUAAGUAGAGAGGUCAUAAAUCUUGAUGUCAAAUAUUGAGAAGCUUUUUGUUUGUUAUUUUUACUUCUGUAUUAUCUGAGUUUAAAGUUUAAAUGCAAUAUAUAAAAAAUGAUCCAUGCACUAAUUUGAGAUGUUUAUGUGGCGUUGUAGUUUUAAGCUGGCUCCUGAUGAGGUAGAGGAGGUGUUCAGUGUAGCGCAACAGCGGCUGGUGGACCAAACGUCUGCUCUUCUUGAGCUGGCAGCUGACACCUGGAUCCUGACGGGACGCCGACCGUUCCCUCUCUUCUUAGCUGCGGUUUAUGUGGCCUGGCAGUCGCUAAAUCCUUUGGCCCGAAUGAAAUACUCCUUAAUGAAGUUCUGCAAGAUUGCCAAAGCUCCAGAGCAGCUGUGGUGCAAAAGCAAAGAUACGAUAAACAAGCGACUGAACGAGCUGCUGGAAGUGCUGUGUAAACUAGGCCGAGAGCUGCCCUGGGUCAGGCCUACAGACAUCCAGAUGAACACUGUAACCACGCUGGUGGAGGACAUCCUGAAGCACCGCAAAGCACUGCUUAUACUGGCUGUAAAACACUACGAGAAACAACUGGAAGAGACUCAAACAUCACAAUACUCAGAAAGUGAGCUGUCAGAUUCAAAGAGCUCUGUGCAGACCCAAUGUAAAAGUCCUCCUGAUGAAGAAGAUGAGGGUUGUGAGCUGCCUCCGGAUCAUUGGGGUAAAAGGCACUUGUUUUUGCCGCCCUGCGUGAGGAGUCAGAAGAGGCUCAAGAUAAACGAAGCGCCGCUGGAGGUCACCGGAGAUGAAGACAUUUCAGACAGUGAAAUCGAGUCGUACAUUCGCUCAGAGGAGGAGAUUAAGCUGUUUGCGAAAGCUCGUAAAAAGAUUUGUAAGUACUAAUCAGCGCUGAUUUCUUGUUACAAUCAGGUUUUUGUUAUGUGAUUUAUAUUUUUUGUUACUUGGAAUAGUUCGGUUGUAAAUUUGAAAGUUUUUUUUUUGUAAAUAAAAAGAUUUUGUUGUUAAAAUAUUUUUGUUAAUAAAGAGUUUCUGGCUGAAUCGAUUCUCUGGUAUUUCUGAGGUUGCACUUUACAAUUAGGUCCCAUUAGAUAAUGCAUUAACUAAUAAUUUACAAU